GCGAGCGCAUCCUGCGUAUAGCACCCCGAGUGGUACUGCGCUGAUAUUGUCGCAGAACAAUAUUAGGCCGGGUUGAACGAACUCGGUACUUAUAGUGUUUUACGUGAACUAUUUAACCGUGGUAAAUUGUGGCUUCGAUCGAUUACCGAAAUUCAUAAACUUCAGCUUUUCAGUGAUGGAAGAGACUUAUCAUAAAAAUUAAUUACCUGCCUAGGAAUCUAAUUUUCAUAUUUAUUUUGAUUUGAUGUGCUGGUGAGGAACAUUAAAAUGGAGACAUUAGUUCUGAUCCCCCAAGACCUGUGCUUGGCGCUACGACCGGGGGGUGCCAGGGGAAGAGAGGCCUCGAUCAGCGUGUGGAGCUCCGCCGAAAUUCAGAGGGGAACCCUGCUCUACCCGUUCCAAGGGACAAUACGGAUUGACAAGCUUCACGUUUAUUCCUAUGUUCCAGACCAUGACAUACGUCACAGGUUCGGUCUUUUCGACGAGGUAUGCACGUCCGGCGGAGUGCAGGUGCGACAUUGCAACUGGGUGCGGUUUCUGCGGGUGUCGGAAAAUUAUGGACCACAAGUAAACCUAGUCUGUACGAAAGUAAAAGGGGAGCCAGUGUACGAAACUGUGAAGCCGGUGUCACCACAUACGGAGCUGGUCGUGUAUUACCUUCCGGAACGACCAGAGGAACUGUUCUUCGUGAGGAUGAGGAACAACCUUUAUAGACAAACUAUGGACUCGAUUUUAGAGGAUUCACCUUUAGAUCUCUCUACGUCACUUCUGUCAAGAGUUCUCCUUCCGAUUUCACCACCAUCUGGGAAUGAAGAUGAACACAAGUCGGUAUCGGGAGACUCCCUCACUUCAUCUUCAGUGGGAUCAUCAAACGAACUAUUAGACAUGACCCCUAAAAUCCAAAGAAGACCAGCGAAGUCAGAAAGAGCAUUAUUACCUUGUGAAGUUUGUGGGAAAGCUUUCGAUAGGCCGUCCUUGCUGAAGCGCCAUAUGAGAACACAUACAGGUGAAAAGCCCCACGUGUGUAUGGUGUGUAACAAAGGGUUCAGCACAUCCAGCAGCCUCAACACACAUAGGCGCAUCCACUCCGGAGAGAAGCCGCACCAGUGUCAGCACUGCGGGAAGAGGUUCACAGCCAGCUCCAACCUUUACUACCAUCGGAUGACGCAUAUAAAGGAGAAACCUCACAAGUGCAGCCUCUGCUCCAAGUCGUUCCCGACGCCAGGUGACCUCAAGUCCCACAUGUACGUGCACAGCGGUUCCUGGCCCUACAAGUGUCACAUUUGCUCGAGAGGGUUCUCAAAACACACCAACCUGAAGAAUCACCUGUUCCUACAUACUGCUAAACACCAGAGGAACAGCGCUAGGGAUGCAACGUGAAAGAACAUCUAAAGGUACAGAUAAAACAAAAGUGUGAUAUUAGUUAUUAAAAACUUAAAGUAAUAUUUAAUCAUAAAAAUUAUAAUCAUGUAAUAUAUUCGAAGUAGUAUUUAAAUUGUAUAUAGCGGUAAAAAGGUACGAAAAUUGGUAUAUCUAUUCCGUCCAUUAGAAAUUACUCCGUCCACAACUGUAAGAGAGUAGAAAGAAAUAGAAAGAUAAUAUAGAUUUAUCAUUUUUAUAUACUUUUUUUCAAAACAUCUUAACAAUUACAGCUCUUGUCGCUUACGGAAAAAAAAUAGAGUAAGGAUUUUAUAAGAUCUGAUUUUUUUUUCUCAAGCAUGUAGAAUGCUUGAUU